UGGGCGAAACCGUUCGCGCGUUAUUGACAAAAUAAUAUUAGCACCGGCCAGGUUAGGUCAAGUCGUUUUCUGCCAAAAGGGCUCGUAAAUUUUGUUAUACAUCGCGCGUGUGCUUGACCGCGACUAGACGACGACAAGAGAGAUAAUAUUCAAAAUACGCGCGCGUUUAUCUAAAAAAACUAAAAUAUUACAUAAUAUUUUGUGCGGCCGUGCUUACCAUUUAGCGUUGGAAGUGUUGGAACACCGAUUUCCCGUAACAUAUAAAAUGGCCGACAGCGUACCCGUGUCGGAUGUCGUUUGUGUCGACGACAUGGGCAAGGCCAGAGUCAUGGAACCCGUGUUGGCGGACAAGGUGGCCGAUUUGAGGGACCGAUGCGCGGAAUUCACGAGCGAUAUAGAGCUGUACCGCGAGUCGGUGGACACCUUCAUCGGCGUCAUGGACCAUCUGGCCAAACAAGUGGAGCGGGAAAAGCGGGAAGCGAUCGUCGUGUCGAACAAGCUGGCGUCGUUGCCCAACAAGGCUGAAGAAGAAAUCGCCAAGUUACAAUCGCAAAUCGAACAAAAAACCACGGAACUCGAACGCUACAAGAUCGAGCACAGGUCGCUGCAAAAAAUCGAAUCCGAUCAAACGGAUUUAAUAAAUCGAUUAUCGUUUCAGAACUAAACGGUUUUCGAUUACGUUUCACAUAGCAUAUUAUAUGAGUCUUAUUAGAUUCAUUUAUAAUCAAUGGUAAUUAAUAAUAUAAUGUCAUAAUAAUGAAUAAUGAUA